AUUAGUUUUCCAAACAGUUUCCCAAACCAGAAGCUUUGAACCUUUUUGAGAUUCCUUUCUUCAAUUCGUCCCAUCUUCGGAAGAUCAAAUCGCAUUUCUCGCAAAUUACAAUACCAUUUCAGGUGAAAUCUAAAUUUCCGAUUCUUUCUCUAUUUCUGGUCUUACGGAGUAUUAAAUGCCUAACAUCCUUCAUCUUCGAUUGAUCUCUCAAAGUAUUGUUUUAAAAUUGCAUUGAAUGGAUGAACCUAGUAGUUCCUCUGCAGUUCCUCUUCGUGGCUGGAGAAAAGCUGUAUACCAGUUUACACAACAAAACUUGCCAGCCUGUAAACCUGUUCUAACACCAGCAUGGGUCAUUUCAACAUUUUUCAUUAUAGGAAUCGUUUUCAUUCCCAUGGGGCUCCUCUUUCUUCAUGCUUCACAGAGUGUUGUUGAGAUUGUGGAUAGAUAUGAUAAUGAGUGUGUACCCGUACCAUUUAGAAACAGCAAAGUUGCAUAUAUCAAAGAUGACUCAGUUUCCAAAAAUUGUACCCGAUACUUAAAGGUUCCUAAGCACAUGAAGUCUCCAAUAUAUAUUUAUUAUCAACUUGAUAACUACUACCAAAACCACAGAAGGUAUGUAAAGAGCAGAAGUGACCAACAACUGUUACAUGGAUUGAAAAAUAACCAUACAGGCUCUUGCAAACCUGAGGACACUAAUAAUGGUCUACCAAUUGUUCCAUGUGGUCUGAUUGCGUGGAGCUUGUUUAAUGACACAUAUGACUUUUCCCGUGGGGUUGAUGAAGUUAAAGUCCACAGAAAGGACAUUGCGUGGAGGAGUGACCGUGACCACAAAUUUGGGAAGCAUGUGUAUCCGUUUAACUUUCAGAAUGGGUCUUUAAUUGGUGGUGCAAAGUUAGAUCCUACUAUUCCCCUGAGUGAUCAGGAAGAUCUUAUUGUAUGGAUGCGAACUGCUGCCCUGCCAAGCUUCCGAAAGUUGUAUGGAAGAAUUGAAGAGGAUUUACAUGCAGAUGAUGUAAUAGUGGUGAAGCUUUUGAAUAACUAUAACACUUACAGUUUUGGUGGACGGAAGAAACUUGUUCUUUCAACAACUAACUGGUUGGGAGGCCAGAAUAACUUUCUGGGGAUGGCCUAUAUUUGUGUUGGCGCUUUGUUUAUCGUCGUCGCACUUGUGUUCAUACUGCUUCAUAUGAAAACUCCAAGACCUUAUGGAGAGACAAACUUAACUUGGAACUGGAAGAGCGGGUCAAAUUGAAAGGCGCCUCCAAACCAAGUUUUUUUUCUCUUCUCCCGAAAUUCCGGAGUUCAACGAAAACAUUGCUAACCUGGUAACACGUCUAUAUUAUGCAAUAGGAUAUAGGUUAAACUCUGCUCUCUAAUCCGUGUAUUGUUUCUUGAUCACUCUUUAUUUAUAUUCGAACCAGUGACUUUAUAUGUAACCAUUUGACACAGAUGCACUUUGCAUUCUCACUCAAAUAAUGUUUGAAAUGUCUG